CUGAAUUAUAAGGAAACUGAAUUGAACUUUGUUAACUACAAUAUGACUCAGAUUAGCAGCACAAUUGGAGCGUUUUGUCUAUUGGUCACUCUGUCUAGUGAUUGGCUGAAUGUGGCAGAUGGGUGCAUUCGCAAUAGAUUCCGUGUGGGGAGAGGCACGCUUGGUAUAGGACUCCCUAGUGAGGCAGGAGGCAGUGGACUGUAUGUUGGGGUCAGCUAUACAAUCCCAUUUCGUAGGCGCCGAUCAGUUGAGCAAAAAGCAGACUACAGCGAUAUUUUUAAAGUAUGCGACUCUAACACCGAUGACAAGUUGAGCUUAAGUGAGAUGACAAGCUGUUUCCCUCAACCUAGCCGUGUGUUGGUUAAAACCUUCAACAGCCUUGACAGAAAUAAAGAUGCCACAUUGAAUUUACAGGAGUUUGAAAAUGCAUACUUAAACCUUGGAGAUAAAGCUGAAGCAAACUGUCACACAAAUAUGCUACAGAGAUGUGGCUACAGUUUCAUGCUCUACUCCCGUGCUAGAGUUCCCAAUCAAACAACCAUGUGUGGGGCCUUACAGGAGUACAUAGACUGUGUGGGGUUGAAGAGAAAGAUGUGUGACACUGAUGAGAACAAGCAAUACACGACAAUGUUGAGUGAGAUGGUCACUACCACACGUGAAGAUGGCAUUUGUCCCAACAUCACAAUAGAUGACCUUGGCAGCAUCAAAGAUGUGAACUUGAAUGAGCUUCCCUGUAGCAAGUCUGCCAUUAUGCUCUGCGACAUCGGUUUCAUGGAGGACCUUCAUAAAGGAGUGGAUGCAUGCAUCGCUUUGGAUGCCUAUGAGAAAUGCCUAUCUGAGAGCCACCUGGGCUGUGAGGAUGAACCAUCAGAAGAAGGGCUUAAAGCAGCACAGGACAUUCUGAAAGCUUAUCUGUCAACUGGAAUGUGCAGUUAAACAUUCUUUCAAAGAUAAUGUAGACUAUGAUUCUCUAAAAUACAAUGAAUGAUGAGACUAUGAUUUUCUUUAUAUCUAUAUGCUACAUGUAUGCCAU